UCGUGACAAACACUUUCACACCAACAGAUGGCUCACUCACUCACGUGACUCACAAACAAAUGUCUUUAGAAGAGAGAACUCUUGUUGUCCGCAAUUUGGACGGCGUUUCCCGCGAUUUGUUGGUCGAGUUGUUCAAUCAGGCCGGACCCGUGGUCAAUGUUGUCUUGAGAACGGACUUCGCGUACAUUGAAUUCGAACAUAAAGUGUCUGUCGGUUACUCUCUAGCUCUUUUCGAAGGAAUCUAUAUGUUUGGUCGUCCUCUUCAUCUCGAGCCCAAAGUCCGCAACGAUUCGUCCAAUUACCACUUCGUCGGAGCUCUCAAUCAGUUCAAUCACGUGAUGCAUUACAAUCCCGACUUUUUCCGUCAGUUCGCGCGAGAAGAUUCGCAUCGGGACACAGAGCGACGCCGAGACGUCGACCACCGGCGUUCGGGUGGACGGGACGAGCGAAGAAAGCGUUUUUAA